UCAUUUGACCAGGAAGAUGCUGUUGUUAUCGGCUAUGUUGACCUCGAUCAUUUUCGAUGGAAAGACGGCUCUGUCUUAUCCUGGAAAGAUGAGAAUGAUUCCGCAAAAGCGGAUGUGUUAUAUUUUCCCCGUCGGAUGGUGGACAGAACUUGUCUGUUGACCCCACCAACCAUUUGGUCCCACCCAACAGCGCAGAAGGUCCGCUCCCACGGUAAGCGCACAGAGGCCUGGGUGGAUUUCAUCAACGAAGCUUGUCAUGUGUAUCGGACCGCGGAUGGUGACUUAUCCCCGGCGGGAAUUCACCGCCAUUAUAUCCUGCAAAAUCUGUUCUUCGUUGAAAAUGUCACCCAAGUUAAUAUGGGGUGUAUAUACAGGCAUGGAAAACACGGCGAGUGUAGACGAAACGUACCGGUAACCAAGAACGACAACUCUACCUGUAAACUGAGAGCAGCUGGUUUCUACCACUCAAAGGACCACACAGUGGAUAAGUCCAAGCAGUGUGACAAAAGCGAAGAACUGAGCAAAUCAUAUUCAUCUAAUGUAAUGCAUGAAGCAGACAUAGCAGAAUGCACGAAAAUAGAGUUACCAUCUUUUAGUGAUUUCUUUCAGAACCAUCUGCAGAAGUCAAAACCAGUAAUUAUUAAAAAUGCUAUAAGAAGUUGGCCAGCCUUCACGAAAUGGAGCAAUAAACUACUGAGGGAUUUGUAUGGAGAGAGCAGAGUUCACAUAAAACUGAGCCCAUCAGGGGAUUAUGAAGGGGUGGAGUCAGCUGAGAUCUGGGAGGACUUUGAAACAUUUCACAUUCCUGACAUUGUCCGAUCGCAGCUCCCAUAUCCUGACCUAGUUGUAGUCAGACCAGCCACGCUGGAUAUCAGAUUUUCUGAAUUUUUGGAUUUAGUGGAAAAUGUGUCCAGUGGAACCAUAAGGAAUAUAUCUGCCUAUUUGGAGUACACAUCACUGUCUGAAUAUUUUGAAGAACUUGUGGAAGAUGUGCAAGAAAUGCCUUUUAUUUCUGGCAUGUUGAACUUAAAACAUAAAAACAUUUGGCUCAGUGAUGGAAAUACCUUGGGAAAAUUACAUUUUGAUCCCUUUGAUAAUUUUCUAUGUCAGAUAAGUGGACAGAAAGAGGUUAUUUUGUUUUCUCCUCAUGAAAACACAAAACUCUAUGAAGCUCAUAUUCCGGAAGCUUUGCUAGGAUUUAACCGAAACACAUCAACAUUCCGUAGAAAGUCAUUGCUGGACAGUACAUCCAUGGUUAUGUCCCCUGUAGACAUAUUGAACCCUGACUUUGAGAGGUUUCCUGAGUUUGCUUAUGUGUUCCCCAUGAACUGUACCCUGGGGGAGGGGGAUGUGCUGUAUCUACCUGCCUUCUGGUGGCAUGAGGUCCAGUCCAGACCCAGUCCUACGGAGAGGAGGAACCUGGCUCUUAACUUCUGGUAUGAGCCUUUCCUAACCAAGGAGUUCCCAUGUGCAGUGUGUAAGUUGGAUGUCAACCCAGUGUACAGGCAUCUCCUGUGAGGCCAUCAGUAACAAUCUGUUUAUUGGGUGUGACCUGACCAACCAUAAAAAGUGCCCUACCCUAAAGUUUUUCUUGGGAUAUUUUGUUUAUCUCACAAUGUUAAUUAAUAUUGUUGAAAAAUUUAUCUUUUUAUUUGGCAAAGUAAAAAAUAAAUCUUUGGAGAGCAGUAUAACAUGAUAACAUCUAUCUGCCAACUGUACAGCUUAAUUAUACUGAAUUAUAAAGCAUAAUUGAAGUGUUAGAUUAUACAGCCUGCCUGUAUUAACAUAGAUAGCCUGACUGCUCUACAGCUUGGUAUUGUAUCAUACAGCUUGGUUGUACACAAUUAUACAGAUUGACUGCAUGUAUUAGAUUCUGAAUUUGGUUGUAUAAGAUUGUACAGAUUGACUGUAUUUAUGGAUAUACAGAUUGGCUGUAUUAUAUCAUACAGUUUGAUUUUACAACAUUUCCUGCGGUAUAGAACUGACCUGUGAGGGCAUAGAAAAUGUAAUGUUGCCUGCUCAGAAAUAUACAGUUUUUAAAUCACCUUUA